GGCGUAUCCCAUAGUGAGACACCUCACUUAAUGCUAUCAGAAAACCGGGGUUACGCAAGAAACCUAUUGUGUUUUUUUCUCCACCUUUUCACAUAGCUGUUUCAAUCAUAUCUGCACUUCGUCGAUAUUUUUUGCGACUAAUUUUGCUUUUAAAAACAAUUAAUUUGCUUCUCCGCCUCUCCAGUAGCGAAUAAUCUUCAAUGCGCGUUUCCGAGCGCUAGCUGGUUAGCCGCGUUCGUUAAAGUCAUUGAGAAAGAGCGCUAACUAGCCGUUAGCCUUCACUUUACCACUUACAAACCAUGAUUGCUACAGAAAUGAGGUCUGACAUGGGCAAAAACGCAUCGGAAAGACGCUGUUUUAGCUGUCAGAUGAAAUAGGAAGGCAUUUUGCUCCGUCUGGCUCAAUACAUUAGCGGUGUCUCGUCGGAUGCAGCGUAGAGAAACUGGAUCAGUCGCCUCACUUUACUGGAUCUGGUACUUUAAAUGAAGAUCACACCAUCAAAGGGGGAGAGACCUCAGCAUGCAAACCUUCGUCUGUCCGGCUUGCACCCUCUCUUUCUUUCCAUGCUGCUGGUCUUCAGAUGGCUGCUCCCAUGCCUCAUUCACACCAGCAGUACAGUGACUGUCAACAGCAGAGUACAGACCAGUCUGUCACUGUACUGCCAUACAGUGAUCAGGCACAAGCACUCACUGCCAGCCAGAGGCACAUGCCCCAGAGCUUUCGUGAUCCCACUUUAGCUCCUUUGAGGAAACUCUCCAUAGACCUGAUCAAAACCUACAAACACAUCAAUGAGGUGUAUUAUGCAAAAAAGAAACGACGGCAUCAACAGGGUCAAGGUGAGGACUCCAGCCACAAGAAAGAGAGGAAAGUCUUCAACGAUGGCUACGAUGAUGAGAACUAUGACUACAUUGUCAAGAAUGGGGAAAAAUGGAUGGACCGCUAUGAAAUUGACUCUUUAAUUGGAAAAGGGUCAUUUGGACAGGUUGUAAAAGCUUACGACCGUGCUGAGCAAGAGUGGGUAGCAAUUAAGAUUAUCAAGAACAAGAAGGCCUUUCUGAAUCAAGCUCAGAUUGAAGUACGUCUUCUCGAGCUCAUGAACAAACAUGACACAGAGAUGAAAUACUAUAUAGUACAUUUGAAACGGCACUUCAUGUUCCGGAAUCAUCUUUGCUUAGUAUUUGAAAUGUUGUCGUACAACCUGUAUGACUUGUUACGGAACACGAACUUCAGAGGUGUCUCUUUGAAUCUGACGCGGAAGUUCGCCCAGCAGUUGUGUACAGCGCUACUGUUUCUCGCUACACCGGAGCUCAGCAUCAUCCACUGUGACCUUAAGCCAGAGAACAUCCUGCUAUGUAACCCCAAGAGAAGUGCCAUCAAAAUAGUGGACUUUGGGAGCUCCUGCCAACUGGGACAAAGGAUAUACCAGUACAUCCAGAGUCGAUUCUACCGCUCCCCUGAAGUGUUAUUGGGAAUGCCAUAUGACCUGGCCAUAGAUAUGUGGUCUAUGGGAUGUAUUCUGGUGGAAAUGCAUACAGGAGAACCUCUAUUUAGUGGAGCCAAUGAGGUGGACCAAAUGAACAAAAUUGUUGAAGUACUUGGGAUCCCACCCAAUCACAUUAUGGACCUAGCACCAAAAGCCAGGAAGUUCUUUGAGAAGUUGUCAGAUGGGACAUGGAGUAUUAAGAAGACCAAAGACGGAAAAAGGUACAAACCUCCAGCGUCUCGAAAGCUCCAAGUCAUCUUGGGAGUUGAAUGUGGCGGACCAGGCAGUCGUCGGGUGGGAGAAUCCGGACACGCAGUAGCUGACUACUUGAAGUUCAAGGACCUCAUUCUCAGAAUGCUGGACUACGACCCCAAGACCAGAAUUCAGCCCUACUAUGCCCUCCAGCACAGCUUCUUCAAGAAGACCACGGAUGAAGGAACCAACACAAGCAGUAGUGUGUCAACAAGUCCUGCUCUCGAGCAGUCGCAGUCAUCAGGGACCACUUCUAGUACAUCCUCAAGCUCAGGAGGAUCGACUGGAACUAGCACCAGUGGCAGAGCAAGAUCCGAUCCAUCUCAUCACCACCGGCACAGCGGCGGUCAUUUUGGCAAAGCCAUGCCAGCCAUAGACUGUGACAACCUUUGCCCUCAGGCGAGACCGCCUUAUCACCCGCCAGUAGUAUGGCCUGGAGUCGUAGGAACAGAACCUGUCCCUGUAGAAACUCAUCCAGUCCAGGAAACCACUUUUCAUGUGCCUCCCCAGCACCCCAAAGCAUUGCACCCCCCUCACCAUCACCAUCACCAUCACCAUGGACAGGUCAUAGCAACCCGACCACGGCCGCGACUCUACAACUCGCCCAGCAACAGCGCCUCCACCCAGGAUUCCAUGGAGGUGGUGCACGGUCAUCUGUCCAUGACAUCCCUGUCUUCCUCAGCAUCCUCUUCCUCAACAUCUUCCUCUUCCACAGGACACCAAGGCCACCAGGCUUACCAGCUCCGCCAGCUUCCUGCCAGCACCCUGAACUUUAGUCAAAAUGGGAGUAUGAGAAUGGGUUUGGGUGCCUUCUCAAAUCCUCGCCAAGAGACUGGUAUGGCCGGGCAACCCACGUACCCUGUUGCCACAAACACAGGACCUGGUCACUUUAUAGCAGAGGGACACCUGGGCAUGAGACAAGGCAUCGAUAGGGAAGAUUCUCCGAUGACUGGAGUCUGUGUUCAGCAGAGCUCGCUGGCCAGCUCGUGACUUUAGCAGAAAUGGGUGUGAAUUUUUUUUUUUUCUUAUUUUGUUUUCCCCUUUUUUUUACGGUCGUAUUUUCGUUUUCUCCUGUUUUCUUUCUUUUAUUUUUUUCAGUUUUUUUCAAAAGGUGCAUAGAGAAUAAAAGCUGCUCACUUCUGAGGGGAGAUAUCACUGAGCCGCUACAAAUUGAAGAGUAUUUAAAAAGUAUAUGUAUUUCCAUAAUUUUACAUUGUGUAUUUCUAGAUAAGUUAUUAAUACUGAAAAGAACCAUGGUGAAACUGAGACAUUCAUCUGCCGAUUCACUCGCCUGCGUACAGUACUUAUUUACCAUCUGUUACAUCGGAAACUAGGAGAUUUGUUUCCAUUUGUCCCUUAUUUUCAUUCAAUACAGUGAGCAUUUCAGAGCUGAGAGCUGUUUUACAGCUUUUUUAUGUGAAGCAAUGCAAAACAUUUUAGUUCAAGCAAGUGAUACAUUGGACAUUAUAAUUUGGCUGGUCGUUCUUUUAUUCACCCUUUAAGUGAAACUUCUCUAAAGAGCUGUGUGUGUUUAAACCUGUAGCGUGUCAAGGAAGCAGAACUUGCAGUGAUAUUUGGUGUUGUCUGUAUCGUGUAACUCUUCGAGAGGGAGCACAUAGCUGCGGAGCUCCAGCGGCGAGAAGGAGCGGGUGUUAGACCGGCAGGUGCAGUACUCUUCAGGCCUGGAGCCCUCCAGACCGGAGGACUUCGACUACAUACAGCAACUCGAGGAGGAGGUGCGCUGAGGAGCGACGAGGGGGACAGAUCCGGAUCAGAUCCAGAUGGAUCUUGGGCUGUUGUCGAGAACCCUUUGGCCUUAUGACUUUUGGACACUGACUGAAAAGGAGCUGGACUUUAGUGUGGAAUAGAGAUGAUGGCUGUCCUCUAUUUUUAACAUUUAAAGAGUCCUUAAUUGGUUCGAGAAGGUGAAGGAGAAUGGUUAAUCAGAGGCCUUUAUUUAGCAGAUUUCUCAUUUAGGGGACUCCAAAUUGCAGGGUCUUGCUCAAACAUCCCUAACAUGACUUCCUAGAAUUGCAGAGGUUGGAUUUCACACAGAAGGUAUUAAAUCCCAUUAAUUGGC